CGGGCGGAGCGCGGUUUCCGCCGCACCCCGCCUGCACCUUUCCUGCACCCCGCAGGAAGCAGCCCCGGCCGGGACCGCGUCCUGGGGCCCCGAGCGCGGCGGGACGGGGCUGGCGGGCCACCGAGAGCCCGCGGAGCGCACAGCCCCGCGCGGAGGGAGCCCUGCCAAAGGGAGCGGGUGCCAAACCUGAAUUACCAGCCCUGAGAGCGGCUGUGGAUCCCGCGAGCUCCUGUGAUUUGCGGCAGGUUUUUCAGGUCCCCGCCUGUCAAACACACACGCAGAUACUUAAGCAGUCACCCAAGGACCUGCGGGGUUCUUGUUUUACACACUUCUGGUCCCUGCCAGCUCCAGCUCACCUUCUCAUGGCCAGCAUUAUGUGAUGUCCAGCCACACUGCUAAGAGAAGGACCAGGACACUGAUCCUGAAGAGUGGAAACAAGGUCGUUUCUGGAUCAAAGACCAUGCUCCCAGAAGAUCUUUGCCUGGCCCCAUAGCCCUGCCCUAGGAGGAGAUGGCCAUGGAAAAGCCAGUGAUUCCCACUGAGGAGCAGCUGGAGAUCCUGGAACACCACUUCUGCAAGGUGAAUAAGCAUCCUGACCCCACCACACUGUGCCUCAUCGCUGCUGAGACCGGGCUCUCCGAGGAGCAGACUCUGAAAUGGUUCAAGCAGCGCCUGGCGGAGUGGAGGAAGUCUGAAGGGCUGCCCUCAGAAAGCGGGUCUGUCAGGGACUAGAGGAUGCUGCUCCAAUCCCCUUGCCUCUUACAAAGGAUGGUGAAGCUCUUCAGAGUGGGUUUCCUUGGGGUUCUUCUGUUGCAAUAGGUUUUGCGAUACAAAGUAAUACUCUGCUAUUUAACAUAAAUCUUAUUUAACAUGUACAUAACCAGAAAAAAAGCCACUAUAUAUAUAUAGAGCUAUAUAUGUAUACGUGUGUGUAUACAACUUUUGAUGGCUGAUAACCUAUCUUGUGAUUCCAACCCAUUAACAACAGCUGCACAAGAAAAGGCAAUUUCAUGCCCUCGUCCCAGGCUUGCAGAAAUUUUGCCAUGAUAUAUGUUCAAAUAUAGAAGGAAGAAAUAAAGAUUCCUUUUCCUUACAA